AUGAGAGUUGGAGCAUACUCCAAGCUCAUUAACGCCAUUGUUGAAUCUGCGCUUGUCACCUGGUUUGGUCUUGUGUUCUACGGCAUCGCAACAGUGGCCCUUCAAGGGCAUAUCACAACCAACAUGGACAUUGGAUUCGUGAUGAUAUAUGUCGUCCCGAUCAUCUUCGGGAUUUUUCAGUGUCUUAUCACUGUGAGGCUCGAGCUUGCAAGCUCUUCAAGCUUGGAGCACCUUGCGAGUGGACCUAUGCAGAAUGUCGAUGCCAGCCGCUCCAAGGGAAUUAUCGUCAGCAUCGAACAAGCGAUCACUGUUCACAAUGACCCAGGACACCCCCUGGAUGAGAAAUAUCACAACUUGGCUGCUAAAAGUGACAGUAAGUGA